UUUUUUAAAUGCUCUUUAAUAAAACCAGAUGUAUUCAGUAUUUUAUGUCAUUCUUACUCAAGCAACUUAAAUUUCGCCCAAUAAGUAAAAUUAUGGUUUCCCUCCAAAAUCAUCUCACCCAAUCAGCAUACUCCUGGGAUUUCGACUCAUUUCGGAUCGAACGUGUUCGAAUCAAACGAAUAGCUAACCCGGCUCACUGCGACUUGGUCAUAUUCGAAGAAAACGCACUGCAUUCGAACAGAAUGUUGUAUACAGUAAAGAUAUUCCAUAAAUAAAAACACCAUUCAGUCACGGUUCUGGUUUCAGUAAGUCGCGGAGAUGUUGACUCGAGAAGUGCUUGGACCGAAUUAUUCAGAACAGUUUUGUGAAUCGGUUCAUUGAACAGGUCCAGAAAAAAAAAACGAUUCUAUCAAAUCGCUGCAUUUAAGUCAUUUGCAAACAGCUUGCGUUGGCACAUUGCAUGUAAAUAGGGCGUAUAUCAUUUCCAAAGAUUUCCAUCCAUCAUCCGUGAGAGGGAGGCUACGCGACCCCAUUCCUCGAUGUCAGAACGCUGUGGGACUCCAUGCAACCCAAAAUCAGCGUGACUUCCAACAAUUUAUUCAGAAAAGUGCUGUCCUCUAUAAAAGACCAAGAGCCCUUCACAUGAGUCACAAAGACAAGCUGGUCUAACAGGAGAGAGUCUGAGCUGCUGGUUAGAGAGUCUCGGCUAUCACCCUGAAGACCCUGUUUAAUGCAGUGUGUAGAACAAAGUCCUGUCUAAACCGAUGCUCGAGACCUCCACUGGCGGUGCACAAGAGUUCCUACUUUGAGUCCAAACGGAUUUCCAAUGUGGGUGGUAGAGAAGAUCCGAGUGUCCGUCGAGAGGACCAACCUGCCACUUCCCAUAGCGGAAUACAGCUUCAAAAUCGGUGACAUCAUGUUCGGAGACAAGUCAUCCAUUGACAAAUCCAAGAAAGCCUUGCUAUUUCCCAACAUCAUUACCCCGGACACUAUCCCCGAGUUCUGCAUUCCCCCCAAGAUCUCAACCCCAGUUGAGGGCAAGUGUAUGGAGCAGGGGAGGCAGACUCCAUGUAUCCGAGUGUCUCUGUGUGACAGAGGAAGUCCAAAGAAGGAAGUCAUUGCCCGAGAGCUUUCCAAUAACCAUAUAAUCCAGGUGGAGAGUGUUGAUGAUGGGCCGUUUGACAACGGCUGUAGUGAUGAGGAAACCACCAAUGCUGAUCCUCAAAGCCAGGCUGCACUUUCCCUGCCCCACUUAGCUAAAGCUCAAACCUGCUACGGCUUUUGCACCUUGCUUGAAAGUCCCCACACCAGAAGAAAGGAGUCCCUUUUCCACAACGACCCCAACUCGAGUGGAAUCCCCUUGGUUCUUCCGCGAAGUAGAUCAAACACUUGCUCCAAAUCAGCUUCCCCCAUUUUGAAAUCUUCAUCCUCCCCUUCUUCCUUCAGCCUGAAUACUCUUGCUUCUAGACUUUCUCCGAAAGGCUUCACUUUGCACCGACAGGGAACUCUAGAUAGUGAUACCACCUCCUCAGCAGAGUCCUCCCCUUUCAGUUCUCCUCUCCUGAACAGAUGCCCACCAAAACCUUCUCUCCUCAAAGCACUUAACCAUGAGAAACUACUCUACCGCAACCUCCGGAAGGUUGCCAUGUCCAGAAACAAUUCCCUAUCAACGGAUGAGGGUAGCUCCACGGACAACAGCCCCAAUAUAAUGAGAAGAGCAUCCGAAGGCCUUGUUGAACCUCUCCCAUGUGGAUUCGGCUUGGCGCCUCCGGCUAUCUUCCCCAUGGACUUAGUUCUGCACCGGGAGAGGGUGAUGAAGGAGAAUCUGGUGCCCGUAGGAAGGGACGGUACCUUGCGGCUGUCGGCGGAGUACUGCCCUGAAAACCAGAGACUGCGUGUCCGCCUCAUAAGUGCGGAAGGCCUGUACGCUCUGUCAGUGGACCCUAAAAGCAUUAACUGCAGCGUCAGUCUCUCUCUUAUGCCUGGAAAAGUCCAGAAACAGCGCAGCACGGUCAUUAGGAAAAGCCGCAAUCCAAUCUUUAAUGAGGACUUUUUCUUUGACGGUAUAACGGAGGAUGAUCUCUGCCAGAGGUGGCUCCGUUUUAAAGUCGUUAACAAGAUGUCCAGCAUGAAAAGAGACUAUAUUUUGGGCAACUGUGAUCUUCCUCUCACUAGCAUUGUCACAUUAUAAAUCCAACAACUGCUUAAUUUAUUUUGUGUGAGUACGUACGUGCAUGUAUUUGUAUAUAUUAUAUGAAGUGUUAUUUAAUUCCAAAUCUGUUUAUCUGCCAAAGACUUCUUUUUUUAUUAAACAAAAACU